AUGGCUUCGGCUUUGACUAUCAUCGGCCUUGACGAUGAGCUGGCAGCGAUUCCUGCACCAUGGCGUGACCGAGUGCAGCACCAUGCUCGGCGCUUCCAGGAGAAGAAUGCCACAACGGUCCUUAAUCGCUACGAGCAGCAGAGGAGAAUCAUGAGACGGCCGCAGCUUGAAAAGCAUGCCUUUCAUGUGGCAUCCUGGCUGGUGCUUCCAGAGGUGAGAAGAAGCCACGGCGGUUCCGUGGAGGCGCUGCUGUCCAGGUACUUGGAGUCCUUGGAUGGGCAGCCACUUUGCGAGCGCCUGAAAGCGGUUCUGUCGCUUGUCUCGGCCAGUUCGGGAGUUGCAGGGCUCUCGGGGUUGCUGGGUAAAGGGCAGAAGAGAAAGGUGGAGAUGAUGCAGGCAGAAGAGCCAGAAAAGCCAGAUUCCAGCAAGCCAGUUGAUGCCUGCGGUGAGAAGGCUGUGCGGCUGAUGCAGAAGGCCAGCCAAACAUGGCAGAACCACCCGUCCGAGUGCCGGGAAGCGUACGUGGAGUCUCUGGAGCAAGAGGUGCAAGAGGCCGACGGAGCUGAGAACUCGGCCAAGCUGCGCAUGGUCCUGCGCCGAGCCGUAGCUGCGCUUUCCCCGCCACGGCGUUUGGGUGAUGGAUGCGAGGGCAAGUUGCUGGCAUCCCACGCAUCCAACGAUGAGUGGACGCUGGCCACCAACCUGCAAUCUCGACUUCGCAAAAUCGUGCUCCGCUGCCUGGAUCGAGUGGACAUGGCAGAUUUGCGCGUUGCGCCGGUGCUGCAAUGCUUGCAGUCACUGCUCCAAAGGUUUCAGGAGCUUGUCACCGGUCAAAGCAGGAUCGCUUGCAAGAAGCAAUGGGCUCGGCUUCAAGCCAAGUGUGCGAGCACUGUGCCACCCGAAGCAGCAGCAAGCUUGUCAGCGCGUGCAAAGGGAGCCGACGAUGGUGCUGGCAUUGCCAAGCCCGAGCAGAAGGCCUGGGAGGUGCGGAGGCCGCGGGGUUCGCCUCUCGUGAGGCGGGGCCACUGGGCCGGUCUAAGGAGAUUUGACGUCGAGUCAGCUGCUCGACAAUUGCGCCAGGAGAAGGAUGCCACAACGGUCCUGAAUCGCUACGAGCAGCAGAGGAGAAUCAUGAGCCGGCCGCAGCUUGAAAAGCAUGCCUUUCAUGUAGCAUCCUGGCUGGUGCUUCCAGAGGUGAGAAGAAGCCACGGCGGUUCCGUGGAGGCGCUGCUGUCCAGGUACUUGGAGUCCUUGGAUGGGUGGGCACUCUGCGAGCGCCUGAAAGCGGUUCUGUCGCUUGUCUCGGCCAGUUCGGGAGUUGCAGGGCUCUCGGGGUUGCUGGGCAGAGGGCAGAAGAGAAGGGCGGAGUUGAUGCAAGCAGAAGAGCCAGAAAAGCCAGAUUCCGCCAAGCCAGUUGAUGCGUGCCGUGAAAAGGCUUUGCGCCUGAUGCAGAAGGCCAGCCAAACGUGGCAGAACCACCCAUCCGAGUGCCGGGAAGUGUACGUGGAGUCUCUGGAGAAAGAGAUGCAAGAGGCCGACGGAGCUGAGAACUCGGCCAAGCUGCGCAUGGUCCUGCGCCGAGCUGUAGCUGCACUUUCCCCGCCUCGGCGUUUGGGUGAUGGAUGCGAGGGCAAGUUGCUGGCAUCCCACGCAUCCAACGACCAGUCGAUGCUGGCCACCAACCUGCAAUCUCGGCUUCGCAAAAUCGUGCUCUGCUGCCUGGAUCGAGUGGACUUGGCAGAUUUGCGCCUUGCGCCAGUGGUGCAAUGCUUGCAGUCACUGCUCCAAACAUUUGAGGAGCUUUGCACCGGUGAAAGCAUGAUCGGAUGCAGGCACCAGAGGCAGAACGUGGAUGUUGAGGGCCUGGCUGGGCUUUCGGAAUCCUUGAAUACUGGAAUGCCGCGGGGCCUCGCGGAGUUCGUGAGGGGCCAUGGCCCGGUCUCAGGAGAUUUGACGUCGAGUCAGCUGCUCGAGAAUUGCGCCAGGGACUGGGCUCCCGUUCCUUCUUGCGUGGUCGUUGUUUCACAUGUGCUCCGUGGCAUGGCUUCGGCUUUGACAACCGUUUGCCUUGAAGAUGAGCUGGCAGCGAUGCCUGCACCAUGGCGUGACCGAGUGCAGCACCAUGCUCGGCGCUUUCACGAGAAGGAUGCCACAACGGUCCUGAAUCGCUACGAGCAGCAGAGGAGAAUCAUGAGCCGGCCGCAGCUCGAAAAGCAUGCCUUUCAUGUGGCAUCCUGGCUGGUGCUUCCAGAGGUGAGAAGAAGCCAGGGCGAUUCCGUGGAGGCGCUGCUGUCCAGGUACUUGGAGUCCUUGGAUGGGCAGCCACUUUGCGAGCGCCUGAAAGUGGUUCUGUCGCUUGUCUCGGCAAGUUCGGGAGUUGCAGGGCUCUCGGGGUUGCUGGGUAAAGGGCAGAAGAAAAAGGUGGAGAUGAUGCAAGCAGAAGAGCCAGAAAAGCCGGAUUCCAGCAAGCCAGUUGAUGCCUGCGGUGAAAAGGCUGCGAGGCUGAUGCAGAAGGCCAGCCAAACGUGGCAGAACCACCCGUCCGAGUUCCGGGAAGUGUGCGUGGAGUCUCUGGAGCAGGAGAUGCAAGAGGCCGAUGGAGCUGAGAACUCGGCCAAGCUGCGCAUGGUCCUGCGCCGAGCCGUAGCUGCGCUUUCCCCGCCACGGCGUCUGGGUGAUGGGUGCGAGGGCAAGUUGCUGGCAUCCCACGCAUCCAACGACCAGGCGACGCUGGCCACCAACCUGCAAUCCCGGCUUCGCAAAAUCGUGCUCUGCUGCCUGGAUCGAGUGGACCUGGCAGAUUUGCGUCUUGCACCGGUGCUGCAAUGCUUGCAGUCACUGCUCCAAAGGUUUCAGGAGCUUGUCACCGGAGAUUUGACGCCCACUUUCCUAUUUCGGAAUCACUCUCGGUAUUUGCAGGCCUAUGACAGCGGUAUCGAUGCCUGCACCAUGGCGAAGGAUGCCACAACGGUCCUGAAUCGCUACGAGCAGCAGAGGAGAAUCAUGAGCCGGCCGCAGCUCGAAAAGCAUGCCUUUCAUGUGGCAUCCUGGCUGGUGCUUCCAGAGGUGAGAAGAAGCCAGGGCGAUUCCGUGGAGGCACUACUGUCCAGGUACUUGGAGUCCUUGGAUGGGCAGCCACUUUGUGAGCGCCUGAAAGUGGUUCUGUCACUUGUCUCGGCCAGUUCGGGAGUUGCAGGGCUCUCGGGGUUGCUGGGCAAAGGGCGGAAGAGAAAGGCGGAGAUGAUGCAGGCAGAAGAGCCAGAAAAGCCGGAUUCCAGCAAGCCAGUUGAUGCCUGCGGUGAAAAGGCUGUGCAGCUGAUGCAGAAGGCCAGCCAAACAUGGCAGAACCAGCCGUCCGAGUUCCGGGAAGCGUACGUGGAUUCUCUGGAGCAGGAGAUGCAAGAGGCCGACGGAGCUGAGAACUCGGCCAAGCUGCGCAUGGUCCUGCGCCGAGCCGUAGCUGCGCUUUCCCCGCCACGGCGUCUGGGUGAUGGGUGCGAGGGCAAGUUGCUGGCAUCCCACGCAUCCAACGACCAGGCGACGCUGGCCACCAACCUGCAAUCUCGACUUCGCAAAAUCGUGCUCCGCUGCCUGGAUCGAGUGGACAUGGCAGAUUUGCGUCUUGCACCGGUGCUGCAAUGCUUGCAGUCACUGCUCCAAAGGUUUCAGGAGCUUGUCACCGGUGAAAGCAGGAUCGCUUGCAAGAAGCAAUGGGCUCGGCUUCAAGCCAAGUGUGCGAGCACCGUGCCGCCCGCAGCAGCAGCAAGCUUGUCAGCGUGUGCAAAGGGAGCCGAAGAUUGUGCUGGCAUUGCCAAGCCCGAGUCUUCAGCAUCAUGCCCCCAUGGCAAGGCCUCGCGGAGGCUGCGGGGCCUCGCGGAGUUCGUGAGGGGAGAUUUGACGUCGAGUCAGCUGCUCGACAAUUGCGCCAGGGACUGGGCUCCCGUUCCUUCUUGCGUGGUCGUUGUGUCACAUGUGCUCCGUGGCAUGGCUUCGGCUUUGACUACCAUCGGCCUUGAAGAUGAGCUGGCAGCGAUGCCUGCACCAUGGCGUGACCGAGUGCAGCACCAUGCUCGUCGCUUUCACGAGAAGGAUGCCACAACGGUCCUGAAUCGCUACGAGCAGCAGAGGAGAAUCAUGAGCCGGCCGCAGCUUGAAAGACAUGCCUUUCAUGUGGCAUGCUGGCUGGUGCUUCCAGAGGUGAGAAGAAGCCAGGGCGGUUCCGUGGAGGCGCUGCUGUCCAGGUACUUGGAGUCCUUGGAUGGGCAGCCGCUUUGCGAGCGCCUGAAAGCGGUUCUGUCACUUGUCUCGGCCAGUUCGGGAGUUGCAGGGUUCUCGGGGUUGCUGGGUAAAGGGCAGAAGAGAAAGGUGGAGAUGAUGCAGGCAGAAGAGCCAGAAAAGCCGGAUUCCAGCAAGCCAGUUGAUGCCUGCGGUGAGAAGGCUUUGCGCCUGAUGCAGAAGGCCAGCCAAACGUGGCAGAACCACCCAUGCGAGUUCCGGGAAGUGUACGUGGAGUCUCUGGAGCAGGAGAUGCAAGAGGCCGACGGAGCUGAGAACUCGGCCAAGCUGCGCAUGGUCCUGCGCCGAGCCGUAGCUGCGCUUUCCCCGCCACGGCGUUUGGGUGAUGGAUGCGAGGGCAAGAUGACGGCAUCUAUCCCAUCCAACGAUGAGUGGACGCUGGCCACCAACCUGCAAUCCCGGCUUCGCAAAAUUGUGCUCCGGUGCCUGGAUCGAGUGGACCUGGCAGAUUUGCGCGUUGCGCCGGUGCUGCAAUGCUUGCAGUCACUGCUCCAAAGGUUUCAGGAGCUUGUCACCGGUGAAAGCAGGAUCGCUUGCAAGAAGCAAUGGGCUCGGCUUCAAGCCAAGUGUGCGAGCACCGUGCCGCCCGAAGCAGCAGCAAGCUUGUCAGCAUCGGAAGGCAUCAGUGUGCCCUGCUUGAUUUUUGCAUUUUGUAAGUUGGCGCAGAGCGGCCUGGGUGGUGCGGAGGCCGCGGGGUUCGCCUCUCGUGAGGCGGGGCCAUGGGCCGGUCUAAGGAAAUCUGGUGCCGAGUUUAUGGUCCAGCUGCUCGACAAUUGCGAUGCCAGGGACUGGGCUCCCGUUCCUUCUUGCGUGGUCGUUGUGUCACAUGUGCUCCGUGGCAUGGCUUCGGCUUUGACUACCGUUUGCCUUGAAGAUGAGCUGGCAGCGAUGCCUGCACCAUGGCGUGACCGAGUGCAGCACCAUGCUCGUCGCUUUCACGAGAAGGAUGCCACAACGGUCCUGAAUCGCUACGAGCAGCAGAGGAGAAUCAUGAGCCGUCCGCAGCUUGAAAGACAUGCCUUUCAUGUGGCAUGCUGGCUGGUGCUUCCAGAGGUGAGAAGAAGCCACGGCGGUUCCGUGGAGGCGCUGCUGUCCAGGUACUUGGAGUCCUUGCAUGGGCAGCCACUUUGCGAGCGCCUGAAAGCGGUUCUGUCACUUGUCUCGGCCAGUUCGGGAGUUGCAGGGCUCUCGGGGUUGCUGGGCAAAGGGCGGAAGAGAAAGGUGGAGAUGAUGCAGGCAGAAGAGCUAGAAAAGCCGGAUUCCAGCAAGCCAGUUGAUGCCUGCGGUGAGAAGGCUUUGCGCCUGAUGCAGAAGGCCAGCCAAACGUGGCAGAACCACCCGUCCAAGUGCCGGGAAGCGUACGUGGAGUCUCUGGAGCAAGAGAUGCAAGAGGCCGACGGAGCUGAGAACUCGGCCAAGCUGCGCAUGGUCCUGCGCCAAGCCGUAGCUGCACUAUCCCCGCCACGGCGUUUGGGUGAUGGAUGCGAGGGCAAGUUGCUGGCAUCCCACGCAUCCAACGACCAGGCGACGCUGGCCACCAACCUGCAAUCCCGGCUUCGCAAAAUCGUGCUCCGCUGCCUGGAUCGAGUGGACCUGGCAGAUUUGCGCCUUGCGCCGGUGCUGCAAUGCUUGCAGUCACUGCUCCACGCAUUUCAGGAGCUGGUCACCAGUGAAAGCACAAUCGCUUGCAAGAAGCAAUGGGCUCGGCUACAAGCCAAGUGUGCGAGCACCAUGCCACCUGAAGCUGGAAGCUCGGGAGUUGCAGGGCUCUCGGGGUUGCUGGGCAAAGGGCGGAAGAGAAAGGCGGAGAUGAUACAAGCAGAAGAGCCAGAAAAGCCGGAUUCCAGCAAGCCAGUUGAUGCCUGCGGUGAAAAGGCUGUGCGCCUGAUGCAGAAGGCCAGCCAAACGUGGCAGAACCACCUGUCCGAGUGCCGGGAAGAGUACGUGGAGUCUCUGGAGCAAGAGAUGCAAGAGGCCGACGGAGCUGAGAACUCGGCCAAGCUGCGCACGGUUCUGCGCCGAGCCGUAGCUGCGCUUUCCCCGCCACGGCGUUUGGGUGACGGAUGCGAGGGCAAGACGCCGUCUAUCGCAUGCAACGACCAGUCGCUGGCCACCAACUUGCAAACCCGGCUUCGCAAAAUCGUGCUCCGCUGCCUGGAUCGAGUGGACCUGGCAGAUGUGCGUCUUGCACCGGUGCUGCAAUGCUUGCAGUCGCUGCUCCGAACAUUUCAGGAGCUGGUCACCGGUGAAAGCAGGAUCGCUUGCAAGAAGCAAUGGGCUCGGCUACAAGACAGGAGAUUUGACGUCGAGUCGGCUGCUCGACAAUUGCGCCAGGAGAAGGAUGCCACAACGGUCCUGAAUCGCUACGAGCAGCAGAGGAGAAUCAUGAGCCGGCCGCAGCUCGAAAAGCAUGCCUUUCAUGUGGCAUCCUGGCUGGUGCUUCCAGAGGUGAGAAGAAGCCACGGCGGUUCCGUGGAGGCGCUGCUGUCCAGGUACUUGGAGUCCUUGGAUGGGCAGCCACUUUGCGAGCGCCUGAAAGUGGUUCUGUCGCUUGUCUCGGCAAGUUCGGGAGUUGCAGGGCUCUCAGGGUUGCUGGGCAAAGGGCAGAAGAGAAAGGCGGAGAUGAUGCAGGCAGAAGAGCUGGAAAAGCCGGCUUCCAGCAAGCCAGUUGAUGCCUGCGGUGAAAAGGCUGUGCGGCUGCUGCAGCCAAACAUGGCAGAACCACUCAUCCGAGUGCCGGGAAGACAAGAUGACGCAUCUAUCCCAUCCAACGAUGAGUGGACGCUGGCCACCAACCUGCAAUCCCGGCUUCGCAAAAUCGUGCGCCGCUGCCUAAAUCGAGUGGACAUGGCAGAUUUGCGCGUUGCGCCGGUGCUGCAAUGCUUGCAGUCACUGCUCCAAAGGUUUCAGGAGCUUGUCACCGGUAAGACGAAGCUGCGCUCAAUGCAGACGCUGUCCACAUGGCAAGCGGCCUCAACGAUGCCCGCAAUGCAGCAGAAGGCCUGGGAGGUGCGGAGGCCGCGGGGUUCGCCUCUCGUGAGGCGGGGCCACUGGGACGGUCUAAGGAGAUUUGACGUUGAGUCAGCUGCUCGACAAUUGCGCCAGGAGAAGGAUGCCACAACGGUCCUGAAUCGCUACGAGCAGCAGAGGAGAAUCAUGAGCCGGCCGCAGCUCGAAAAGCAUGCCUUUCAUGUGGCAUCCUGGCUGGUGCUUCCAGAGGUGAGAAGAAGCCACGGCGGUUCCGUGGAGGCGCUGCUGUCCAGGUACUUGGAGUCCUUGGAUGGGCAGCCACUUUGCGAGCGCCUGAAAGUGGUUCUGUCGCUUGUCUCGGCAAGUUCGGGAGUUGCAGGGCUCUCAGGGUUGCUGGGCAAAGGGCAGAAGAGAAAGGCGGAGAUGAUGCAGGCAGAAGAGCUGGAAAAGCCGGAUUCCAGCAAGCCAAUUGAUGCCUGCGGUGACAAGGCUGUGCGGCUGAUGCAGAAGGCCAGCCAAACGUGGCAGAACCACCCAUCCGAGUGCCGGGAAGCGUACGUGGAGUCUUUGGAGCAAGAGAUGCAAGAGGCCGACGGAGCUGAGAACUCGGCCAAGCUGCGCACGGUUCUGCGCCGAGCCGUAGCUGCGCUUUCCCCGCCACGGCGUUUGGGUGACGGAUGCGAGGGCAAGACGCCGUCUAUCGCAUGCAACGACCAGUCGCUGGCCACCAACUUGCAAACCCGGCUUCGCAAAAUCGUGCUCCGCUGCCUGGAUCGAGUGGACAUGUCAGAUUUGCGCGUUGCGCCGGUGCUGCAAUGCUUGCAGUCACUGCUCCAAAGGUUUCAGGAGCUGGUCACCGGUUUGCACCGGAAGGCAUCGGAAGGCAUCAGUGUGCCCUGCUUGACUUUUGCAUUUUGUAUCUUGGCGCGGAGCGGCCUGGGUGGUGCGGAGGCCGCGGGGUUCGCCUCUCGUGAGGCUUUCACUGCAGCCAUUGCAUCGAGGGACUGGGCUCCCGUUCCUUCUUGCGUGGUCGUUGUGUCACAUGUGCUCUGUGGCAUGGCUUCGGCUUUGACUACCGUUUGCCUUGAAGAUGAGCUGGCAGCGAUGCCUGCACCAUGGCGUGACCGAGUGCAGCACCAUGCUCGGCGCUUUCAGGAGAAGGAUGCCACAACGGUCCUGAAUCGCUACGAGCAGCAGAGGAGAAUCAUGAGCCGGCCGCAGCUCGAAAAGCAUGCCUUUCAUGUGGCAUCCUGGCUGGUGCUUCCAGAGGUGAGAAGAAGCCACGGCGGUUCCGUGGAGGCGCUGCUGUCCAGGUACUUGGAGUCCUUGGAUGGGCAGCCACUUUGCGAGCGCCUGAAAGUGGUUCUGUCACUUGUCUCGGCCAGUUCGGGAGUUGCAGGGCUCUCGGGGUUGCUGGGCAAAGGGCGGAAGAGAAAGGCGGAGAUGAUGCAGGCAGAAGAGCCAGAAAAGCCGGAUUCCAGCAAGCCAGUUGAUGCCUGCGGUGAAAAGGCUGUGCAGCUGAUGCAGAAGGCCAGCCAAACGUGGCAGAACCAGCCGUCCGAGUGCAGGGAAGCGUACGUGGAUUCUCUGGAGCAGGAGAUGCAAGAUGCCGACGGAGCUGAGAACUCGGCCAAGCUGCGCAUGGUCCUGCGCCGAGCCGUAGCUGCGCUUUCCCCGCCACGGCGUCUGGGUGAUGGGUGCGAGGGCAAGUUGCUGGCAUCCCACGCAUCCAACGACCAGGCGACGCUGGCCACCAACCUGCAAUCUCGACUUCGCAAAAUCGUGCUCCGCUGCCUGGAUCGAGUGGACAUGGCAGAUUUGCGUCUUGCACCGGUGCUGCAAUGCUUGCAGUCACUGCUCCAAAGGUUUCAGGAGCUUGUCACCGGCAAGAUCAAGAGCAACUGCGCAGUGCAGCGCAUGCCCACAUGGAAAGAUCAAGCAGAAUUGCUUGCAGUGCAGCGCAUGCCCACAGGCAAGAUCAAGCAGAAUUGCUUGCAGUGCAGCGCAUGCCCGCACGGCAAGACCAAGCGAAACUGCUUGCAGUGCAGUGCAUGCCCACAUGGCAAGAUCAAGAGCAACUGCUUGCAGUGCAGCGCAUGCCCACAUGGAAAGAUCAAGCAGAAUUGCUUGCAGUGCAGCGCAUGCCCACAUGGCAAGAUCAAGCAGAAUUGCUUGCAGUGCAGCGCAUGCCCGCACGGCAAGACCAAGCGAAACUGCUUGCAGUGCAGUGCAUGCCCACAUGGCAAGAUCAAGAACAACUGCGUGCAGUGCAGCGCAUGCCCGCACGGCAAGCUGAAGAGAAAUUGCCUCGCGGAGGCUGCGGGGCCUCGCGGAGUUCGUGAGGGGCCACGGGCCAGUCUAAGGAGAUUUGACGUCGAGUCAGCUGCUCGACAAUUGCGCCAGGUCUAUGACAGCGGUAUGAUCCGAGGAAGCCUAGCUCCGACCCUGCUUUUGUCAUUUCUUGGCUUUGACUGCAGCCAUUUCAGCGAGGGACUGGGCUCUGUGUCACAUGUGCUCCGUGGCAUGGCUUCGGCUUUGACAACCGUUUGCCUUGAAGAUGAGCUGGCAGCGAAGCCUGCACCAUGGCGUGACCGAGUGCAGCACCAUGCUCGUCGCUUUCACGAGAAGGAUGCCACAACGGUCCUGAAUCGCUACGAGCAGCAGAGGAGAAUCAUGAGCCGGCCGCAGCUCGAAAAGCAUGCCUUUCAUGUGGCAUCCUGGCUGGUGCUUCCAGAGGUGAGAAGAAGCCACGGCGAUUCCGUGGAGGCGCUGCUGUCCAGGUACUUGGAGUCCUUGGACGGGCAGCCACUUUGCGAGCGCCUGAAAGUGGUUCUGUCACUUGUCUCGGCCAGUUCGGGAGUUGCAGGGCUCUCGGGGUUGCUGGGUAAAGGGCAGAAGAGAAAGGUGGAGAUGAUGCAGGCAGAAGACCCAGAAAAGCCAGAUUCCAGCAAGCCAGUUGAUGCCUGCGGUGAGAAGGCUGUGCGGCUGAUGCAGAAGGCCAGCCAAAUGUGGCAGAACCACCCGUCCGAGUGCCGGGAAGCGUACGUGGAGUCUCUGGAGCAAGAGGUGCAAGUGGCCGACGGAGCUGAGAACUCGGCCAAGCUGCGCAUUGUCCUGCGCCGAGCCGUAGCUGCGCUUUCCCCGCCACGGCGUUUGGGUGAUGGAUGCGAGGGCAAGUUGCUGGCAUCCCACGCAUCCAACGAUGAGUGGACGCUGGCCACCAACCUGCAAUCUCGACUUCGCAAAAUCGUGCUCCGCUGCCUGGAUCGAGUGGACAUGGCAGAUUUGCGCGUUGCGCCGGUGCUGCAAUGUUUGCAGUCACUGCUCCAAAGGUUUCAGGAGCUUGUCACCGGUCAAAGCAGGAUCGCUUGCAAGAAGCAAUGGGCUCGGCUUCAAGCCAAGUGUGCGAGCACUGUGCCACCCGAAGCAGCAGCAAGCUUGUCAGCGCGUGCAAAGGGAGCCGACGAUGGUGCUGGCAUUGCCAAGCCCGAGCAGAAGGCCUGGGAGGUGCGGAGGCCGCGGGGUUCGCCUCUCGUGAGGCGGGGCCACUGGGCCGGUCUAAGGUAA